AUGAAAUAUAUUAAAAAACUUAAAUUAACAUUUGAGAAUGAGAAUUUAGAAUAGCAAUAUUAAUUAGUAAGAAAAAACUAAAUCUAAUAGCAAGUUUUUAUUUUUAUAAUUGUGCUACUCUUUAUUUCAAACUUAGUAGUGAUUGGAUUCCAUUUUUUAAAUCAUAAGAAUGAGACCUGGUAUUUAAAUAUUGCCUUUGGCUGUUUAUCAAUAUUUUUAUUCAUUCUAAUAGUAAUUAUGAAAAAAAAUCAGUAUCUAUAAGAAGCUAUUACAAUAGCAAAUAUAACAUUAGGUUUUUUAGAAUUAAACGUUGAUCCAGCAACAACCAACUAUUUAGAAUUUUACUCUUAUGGAAAUACAUUUAUGUAAUUGUAAGCAGCAUUAUAUAUUGUUUCUAAUUUUCUUCAUGCUUCGAUUUAAGUUUGUUUUCAUUUUGUUUUACGUAUGGCAAUUACUGUAAUUAUAUCAUAAAGGACUGACUAUCUAUUAAUUUUUAUUGGUAUAACAAGUAGUUUUAUCAUAUUGGUUACAAUAUAUUUUAAAGAAAAAAAUUCAAGAAAGUAUUUUAUAUAAAAUUUGAAGGAAAAUUAUUGGGAAAAAAAUACUUCAUUCAUUAUAUAAAAACCUUAUAUCACAAUCAACUAUCAUAAGGAAAAAUUAAUGUUUAAUUUAGUGAAAGGGAAUAAGAUUGAAUAAUUUCCUGGUUAUGAUAAUUUUUAUUGUGAAGGAUGUAAUGUGAGAAAACUAUUAAGAUUUUAUUAAAUAGAUAAAAAUCUUACUAUAGAAGAUUAUUUACUUAAAAAAGAAGUUAACAUCUCUUAAAAACUUUUAAUCACUUAUAAAAAACGAAAAUAUUUACUAAAAUUAUGUAAUGUGGAUAUCUAAUAAAUUCAAUACUUAUUAAUUCUUGAUAAUUCCAAUAUUUUAUCUAAAUAAGAUGAAAAUAGAGAAAUACAAUACUCAAAUUUUAUUGGAUUUCUUAAAAAUAAUAAAAAUUAUAAUCAUUAAUAUUUCUUUAACUGGGGUGCACAAUCUCUCUUAUUUUUAAACAAAAAGAUUAUUAAGAAAAUAGAAUUAUAAGAUUUAAUGAAUAAAAUCCUAAAAGUUUUUAGAAUUUAUAUCUAUAAAUAAAUUUCAGUAAAAAUAAUAACAUAAAAUUAAAAUACUUCUAUUUUUUCAUUCUAUUAUUAAACUAAAAUAUUUAUGAUGUAGCUUUUUGAAAUAGUUUCAUCAAUAUAACGUAAAGAUCAUUCAUAAAUAUAAAUGAUUCUAAAAAGAAAAGGAUGCGACAUAAUAAUUAAAAUUAUGAACAUUGACCUCUAAAAGUUCAAGUAAUAAUUUGAUUAAAAUUUCUUUUUGAAAAGCCUCAAAAGUUUAUUACUUCAUAAAGUGGAAAUUUAAGAAGACAUAUAUUUGCAUUUUCGAAAUUAUCCAAUAAAAUCUUUUGCAUUUAAUCUUUGA